AUGGCGAUGCUUAUAGAACUGCAUAUGUGUCCCAGCCUGUUUGCAACAACGACGGAUCAGUGCUCAGUUAUGGCAAAAAUGAAUGACGAGGCUGAGUGCUUUCGUGUCUGCGUAGUGACCCUUAGCGGGGCGUGUUACCAGGACGAGUUUGACGAGGAGGGUCUUUCCGUGGUGAAGGCAACUCUUGGGGAACACGUCAGUUGGUCGGAAUUCUUUGGUUUAGUGCGUGAGGCCUUCAUCACUGGCCAGGUAAAGGUGCAGGGGGUAGGCGAAGCUGCUGCGGCGGUGUCGUGUCAUGUCUCUGGCACCGGAAACGACGGUGAAGGUUGUGUGGUGAAGUUUACUGUAAGCAAGGUGGAUGCACCUUUGAUGCCGACUCUUGUGAAGGCGCUAGUGGAUGCUUAUCAACUGCAGGCCCAUCCAAAGGUGCACGAGCAGCAGCUGGCCACGCUGACAGAGGAGCUUCUCCAAACCAAAAUGAGGGUAGAACAGGCGGAAAGAGAGGUUUGUGUUUUGAAGGAAAGUUUUCUGUGGAAACGACAACUCGACAUUCACAAUACCCAACGCAUCGAGAAAAUGCAGGAAAAGAUCGCCAACUAUACAUUGAAUGCAAAUGACGGCCGGAUUGCUGCAGCAGAAAAUAGAGGAGACACCUGCGGGCGGGGUAGAAGCAUUGCGGAGGCCCCCACCAAAGGUUGUAUUCGACAACCACUUGGAGAGGAGGAGUGCAGGCCGUAUGACCCUGAACUCCUUGCUAUCAUCAAAGGUCGAUGGGUGACUAAGUCUGAUAUUGACUCGAAUUCCGCACAUAAACACGUCAUUAUGCCUCUUACUUUGACUGAGCUGCGUGGUCGAGUCCCCAUGUUUGCUAACAGACAGCAGGAGGCUGUAUGGGAAGCCCUAGAUAAGUUAGAUGACUGGGACUAUAACGUUUUUGAUGUUCAAAGGGCCAUGACUGGGGAUGAUUUUGCGUCACUGCAUCUUCAAACAAAGGGUGGUUCACUUUUUAUAACCAUGUACGCACUGUUGAUAAAGUAUAACCUUCUUUUCAAGUUUAACAUUGAUGAACAGAUUGCGUUGAACUGGAUUAGUACUGUAGAGGCAGGAUAUAAUGGCAAUCCAUACCACAACUCCAUGCAUGCUGCGGAUGUUCUGCAUAUCACCCACUACAUACUAAGCAAGGGGGGUCUGGCAAAACGUUGUCAGUUAUCCGAUCUACAGGUGUUUGCAGUUCUUUUUGCGGCUGCUAUACACGAUUACAAUCACCCUGGUGUGAAUAACAACUUUCACGUUAAGACACAAUCGUAUAACGCAAUACUUUACAAUGAUCGCAGUGUGCUGGAGAAUUUGCACGUUUCAAGCGUGUUUGAGCUGAUGAAAAAUCCAAGAUUUAACAUUCUUGAGAGUUUUUCUGAUGAGCAAUGGAGGGAAAUUAGGGAAACAGUUAUUGACAUGGUGUUAGCUACAGAUAUGAGUUUGCACGGGAAGUAUAUUGCGCGGCUUAAACGGCGUCUUGAUGAACGAGCGAGUUUUACAGACCGCGAAGACCAAAAUCUUGCUCUAGCCAUGGCGCUGAAACUAGCUGACGUCUCAAACUGUGGUCGGCCGCUUGAUAUUUACCUCAAAUGGAGCGCCAAGGUGUCGGAUGAGUUUUAUCUUCAAGGGGAUCGGGAGCGGAACUUAGGUUUCGAGUGUAGCCCGUUCAUGAACCGCCUACAGCCUGCUCUCGCCAAGGGGCAGGUUGCCUUCAUGAAUUACAUUAUUAUUCCAUUUUUUGAGAUGAUGGUGGAGUUGCUGCCCAACAUGCGGCUGUCAGUAGAGUGUGCCGAAAUAUGCAGGAAGUAUUGGAUUCAGUCUGGGGAGGAGUGA